AUGCAUGAUUCGAGCUUACACGAAACGCAGCCUUCUCAGCAGCAGCAUACUGUGCCAAAUGGAUUUUUUCAAGAGCCAACACCCGUAAUCGUUCCAGUGCGUGAACCAUGGCGCAAACGUAGUUGCUAUCAAAAAUUUUUGUCAAUAAUUAAAAACGAAGUCACAUGGGGUGUGUUCGUUCUUCUUUGGUGUGCCAUUGCACUUAUCAUAAUUUGGGCUGCGAAUACUCCUGUUAAAUGGCAACAAUACAAAGAUCCAGUUCAUGAACAAGGUCUUAUAGCUAUUAUCGGUGGUAUUUUUGCCAUUGUCGCUUCAGGUAUGAGUAUAGUCCAAAUGAUUCAACAUUUUGUACACAAAACUCAUCGUCCAUCGCAAAAACGGGUCAUAAGAAUUAUUGCCAUGGUGCCCGUAUAUGCAAUGACAUCUUGGCUUUCACUUAUAUUCUUUCCAUCAGCUAUCUAUAUGAAUUUUGUACAGUCCUGUUUUGAAGCGUAUGUCAUCUAUUGUUUUCUUCUUCUGCUCACAAAAUAUCUUGGCGGUCAUCGAGGUGUUGAAGAAGUUAUUAUGCAAAAAGAAACGAUCAAACUCACAUUUCCAUUCGGUUAUUGUUAUAAACCAGUACCACAUAUACGUUGGGUUUGGUAUUUCAAAUUUGGCUUAUUACAGUACUCAUGGAUUAAUCCAUUGUGUUCAGGCAUUGCUGUUGUUCUCAAUUUAGCGGGCCUUUAUGCAGAUGGACAAUGGAAAUUUAAUAGAGGCUAUCCGUACAUAACAUUUAUUAUUAAUGUAAGUCAAUCACUGGCUCUCUACUGUUUGGUUACAUUUUAUGAAAAUACAAACAUGGAAUUAAAACCAUUUAAACCAUUACCAAAAUUUAUUGUCAUUAAACUUAUUGUUUUUUUUAUAUUUUGGCAAUCUGUACUAAUGAGUGGUCUUGCCUUUCUUAAAGUAUUACGAAACACGACGUGUGAUUCGGCAACUAAUGCGUACUGUAAGAAUUCGACAGUAGGAUUCACAGUUGAACAAGAAAAAAUUCUAUUGGAAAACAUAUUGAUCUGUGUUGAAAUGGUCUUCUUUUCGAUUGCCCAUCAUUGGAUCUUUAGCUGGAGACCGUAUGCUGACGGAACAUUUAAAGAACUCAUGGAAUCUCGCUAUCGAAAUAUGAACAACAAAGAUGAUGCCGAGGUUGAUGGGCCGUCGACAUGGUUUUGA